AUGGAUAUCAGGGACUGGCUGCAGGAUGUAGCCGACAGGGAGCCGCCGGAAGAGCAAGAGACGCUGGGCAUUCCUGACUACCUUCAACCGACGACAAAACAUUCUCGCUCUCAUUUGGUCAAGAGGAGGCGAUUAUCAAACGAUGCGAAGCAUGAGGUUGCACAUCCAACUGGCCAUUCCAAGCGGAGGCAUCUAGUCGCGCAUUCCUCCAGUCCCGAUCGCGUGCAGCGUGCACCUGAAUCCGAUACUUCCGCGAGCGUGGAGUCCUCACAAGACAGCGAGGAUCAUGAACCCGCCCGCGCGAAGGUCACAGCAGAGUCUUUCGAGAGGCGCGCGCGACACAAAACCAGACCAGAUCGCUACGAAGCCAAGCCGAAAGGGAACAAGGACCGCAAAAGUCGCGAGGAGAAGAAAUCCAAAUCCAAACUGAAGCAUCGGAAGAGUCGCCGAACUGGAGAUGGAGCUCGCACCGCAGAGCUCGUGCAGAGCUUCCAGCUCAAGAAUGGAGCGAAAAAUAAUCGCUUGACCCUCCAGCCCGAAGCUCGUGUUGGCAUCUUCAAUCAUGGCAAAGCUUCGGUACCUGUCGCUACAAGUGGUCCAGGCCUGCCGGACUUAGUCUUCAAUGAAAUGAGGUUUCUCUCGAGGCCAAAGGAUGUCGAGACACAGGAUGCUGUCAAUGAAGCUCAAAGUAAGCGGAAGAAAAGUCGCAAGGAGCUUCGCGACGAGGAGAUCUCUACGUACUUCCGCAAAGUGACUGCAGAACGACAAUCUGGUCAGGACGAUCACGAUCAGUCCCGCGGUAGAGAAGCACCCGUUCAGGCUACCAUAGAAGCCGUGUCACGACAGAGUCGGCCUCAUGGUGUGCUGAAAUCCUCAAAUGAGCGACUCGAGCACACGGAUCCCGCUAGGGACAGCGCACAUGUUCCGCGGGAAGGGCAACAUACAAGGGACACGAGCAACAGCUGCUACACGUGGUCAGACUCUGUCCCAAAGGCACAACCAGCAUCGUUGCGAUUCAAUCAAAGUCGGCCGUCUCGAACUUCGAAAGACCCACAAAGUGUCAGGCAUGAGCAUAAUGAGGACGAGGCGCACGAGGUCAGUAAUCAUGCUACUCGAAAGACUGGAUCUGUAUCUCGCAGGUCUCCGAGCAUCCGAGGGCGCGAUCCAUCGCCUCCUGAACUGAACAGACGGCGGCACCGUCCACCUUACCUCGAAAGUGCACUCGGAUCGAUCACAUCCGCGCCACUUCCGCAGCAGAGGACAGCAGAGUCGCCCUUUGUGUCACUCAUUGAAACACCCCAAAGGACAAAAGCUCACCACACAUCUGACAUUCUCAACCUCCGAAUGAUACCACUGGCGUCAACUCGGUCUCUGUCACUUCCGCGUGGGAGAGAGGAGAUUGCUGACAAGGAAAAUGUCGAUCCAAACCACUCAACACCGACAAGCAAACUGCUACGGGAAGCAUUGUAUGGAGUGGCGCAGCCUCAGCAGUACCUUCAUUCAGGCGCAGCGCAUCACAGCUCAAGCGUGAAAAUGCGUGAAUUUACUGCAGACCAGUCACACGCAAGAGCAACGUCGCAAGUCAGGAUGUCGGACAGCUCAGGCCAUGCCAACAGACAUGACAUACCGGUCCGAGCGAGCUCACCGACAGCUCAGAUCCCUUGUCGUGGCUUCGCUCGCGUGAGUGCGAGCAAUCCUUCACAGAUCGCGCAGCAUUUGCUUGCUGCUCCUGCUCCGUCGAUUCCUUGGUUCGCUCAAGCACGGCUUUCGCCAGUCGUACCUUUUGCGGACAGGUAUACAGAACAAAUUGCCGAGCAUGCUGGACUUGAACACGCCGCUCAUGCGGUAUACCAGCACAGAGAGUCGACAUUCGACCCAUAUAUCGGAAGCAGAACGACAGACAAAUUCGUUCAUGACCUCGCUGCGACUCCAUUUCACGGCCUGUACGACCAAGAUGACGCGUCGGCAGGCCAGCAGAGUGACUGGCAGAGUUCGUUGCAGGCUGGGCAUGAACUCGAAUAUUCAAUGGAACAUGCGCAUGACCCUGCUGCACCAAUCGAGCCGACAGAGGAUGAGAUAUUUCCUGGACAGACAUUCACGCACAUCGAGACGAAGGGGCCAGGUUUUGCUAAUGAGAGACCCAUGCUUGGAGAUGCGGUGGAGGACGAAUUCAUUGACCAUAUGCCAGGCUUCUGGAGGCCAAACAUCUUGUAUUGAUCGCGAUUGUUUCUAUAUAUUUGUGAGAUACCCACUGCCAGUUGUCCUG